CAGGAAAUAUUUAAAAUGGAACAAAAUCAAGCUGCCUUACAAUACCAGUAUUACUUAAUUACAGAAUUCAUUGUGUCUUAUUCAAGACUUCUGUAUGUGAUGGUUUCCUUGAUAUUUUUUUUCUCUACUUUACCCUCUACGCUUGUUGAGUAUGUCCUGUUUUGUGGUCCAUUGUUGAUAUUUUAUAUUCUGGUAUCUGUCUUGAAAAAAUCUCUAAAGUGGUAUUUUGACAAUGAAAUCAAAAGAUAUAAUAAGAAGCUUACAGAAUUACAGCAGCGCAAGAAGUCCAUUCUAUCGGAAGUAAAAGAAAGAGUGAAAUUUAAAGAAGCGAAGGAUAUAAUUGAAGAAUACAGUCCAUCAAAACAGUACAGGGAUUUUGAACAAAUGAAAAAAGAAUUUGAACCACUUUCAUCAAAAAGAAGUUCUAUAGAUAAUGUUGUAAAGUAUGUCCUGAAUGAAGAAAAGAGGAAUGCUUUAAUAUGUAAGCAUUGCAAAUGGCAUAAUGGGCUAGCUUUAGAAGAGGAAUUUCCUUUCAUAAGUUUUCGUUGUGGUCGAUGUUUUAAAAUGAAUGGACCUGCAAAGUGUAUGAUUCCUGAGCCAACAACGUAAUAGUGUUGUAUGCUGUGUAGUUUUAAUUACUGUGUUAUGUUAAUAAUAAAUACUUGGGGUAUACCAAGUUACAGCAUUAGCGAGGUAUAUUUAGGAGGCAAAUGUAAAUAAAUAUUUCUGGAAGUGAAAUAUCUAUUUAUUUAUUGGGGCAUUUAAUAUUCGUGCACAAUGAUCCCAGUGCAUAAAUUUUAAUGCAUUAUUUAUUUUUGACUAAUAGGUGUGUUAAACCCAUUUUUUUAUAAAAAUGUUAAUUCAGAAAGUCAUAAUUCAUGUUAAGAAAAUAAAACUGCUAAUGGUUUUUACUUUUCCUUGCUGUUUUAGUUCUUAAAGUAUUUUAGUUAAUCCUAAAGUCUUUAUUUUUAGGUAUCGAUACUUGAUGUGAUGCUUUACAUUGUUAUGCAGUUUGUCUUAAUAAUAUGUUGCCAUGAAAUGAUUGUUUUGUUGUUAUAGUGAGUAUGUAAAGUUAUUCAGAAAUUUUACAAGUUUUAAUAUGCUUUCUUCAGUUCAGAACUUGCUGCAUUAUUUAUUUUAAGACUCACCCUUUCUUUAUGAAAAAUGCCCAUAUGGAAAUAUAUGUGUGUUCACAUGUGAAACCUUUGACUAGUCAUGUAAUUGCUUUGGAUGCAAGGGUAGCACUUAACUGAUUUGCUUUGUACAGAGUUUAUUGUUUAAAAUAAAAUGCUGGUGUAUUAGUAUGCAUCGCUGAAAAGUACACAAGCAAGAAAUUACCACAUGCAAAUUGAAGUUGUUACUUUGCAUGAUUUUAUUUUUAUUGUAAUUUUAUAAUAAUUUUGCUCGCUGUUUUGUGCAUAUCAUUUUCUUGACAUGUAAUAUUUUAAACGUAUAAUUUUAUACCAUUGCUGCAAGUAUUUAUAUAUUGUAUGCCUACUGGAAGAUAAAUUACUUGUUUCCAAAGUAUACUCUUUAUGACAGUUAAAAGUAAAGCAUGAAUAGCUCAAAAGUGUUAGUUUAUUGCCAAAUAUAAUAAAAUGGCUGAAUGACUUCUUUAAAAAUGAUUUUAAUUUUUAUAUGAUUGUGAUUUUUUUAUAAUAAAAAGUGCUUUUGCAUUCUAAUGCGAUAAAAACAUUAUUAUAUUAUAUAUUUAUGUAUGUGUAUGUAUUUAUGAAAUUACACAAAAAUAAAAUUAAGCCUUAAGUCUUUUUCUAUGUCCCUUAUAUAUAUGAAAUUAUAAAUAUACCAGUAUUAUUUCAACUAUGGUGAGAAAUUUUACGGUGAAAAAUGCAUUAUGCAAAAUGGGUGCUUCAGCAAAUCGGUUACAAACUUUUAGGAGAGAUAGAGUACAUCUAUACAAUAGAAAAUCGCAUAGCAAUGCAUGGUCAGAAGCGUUUUCCUGGCAUGGUAGUAAUAACGCAAAACAAGAAAGGAACGACACAAACAGGGUGAGAAAUGCUUAUUAUACUUAGUACAGAAGAAACCAAGAAAUAAGAACAAAAUCAGACAAUAGUCCUCAUCAUAGAAGGUGUUUGAAAUUUUGACCACAGGGCAUGAUGCAGGAACCAUGCAUCAAUUGCAGAUCUUCCACGUACCAGCGCUGUGAGGGCUGCAUAAUGAUUUGGGGUCGUAAUUUCGGACACUUUCUUUAACGAUGAUCCUUGUCUGUUUUUCCUGUUAUUUGUUGUACUAAGCAGAAUAAAACAUCUUUUGUCGCACCGUUUGUGUUAGUCCUUUUUUGUGUUAUUACUACCACUCAAGAAAUCAUUUUCAGCCACACGUUGCUGCAUGAAACACCCUGUGUAUGUAUAUAUGACUGAUAUAUAUAGUAUCACAUAUAUUUCUGAUUUUAGAUUAAAUCAUUAGUGUGUUCAUACUCAUUUACAUUUUCUCAUAUUUUAUUAACCUCAAACAUAAUUUUAUGGCUUUCUUUAUUUAUAUUUUGAAUACUUCAAUAUAACAUUAUUCCAUCUUGAUAAUAUAAUGUUAUUUAAUGUAUCUGAAUUUAUUUUUGCUCUUGAAAUUAAUGGUUUUCUGUAAUCACUGUUUCUAACUGCAUGUAAUUCAAUGUGUGAAGAAAUUAUAAAUAUACCACUAUUAUUUCAACUAUGGUGAGAAAUUUUACGGUGAAAAAUGCAUUAUGCAAAAUGUAAUUUUUGCAGUUUGCCCUAACUAUGUAUUCUGUAUUUUUUGAAAUUCCAUAUGAAAUUAUUCUUUGUGUACAUAAUAUUAAGUUACAUUUUUAUGACAGACUUAUGAACAUCAAAGGAACAAUUUAUCUUGUUAUGAAUAAAAGCUGCAUCCUCAGGAGUUAUCCAAUCAAAAAAGUUCAAAAUAGUUCUUUCAGCAGAAUUAGAGUUAUACUGUUGUAUGGCAUAGAAUGAGGAAUUGCGAAUAGUUUUUUUUAUGUUAGUGAUUUUAGUUGGUAAAAAAAAAAAAAUAUGUGAGAAGCACUUAGGGAACAGAUACCUUAGUGGACCUUAGUGGCCUCAUAUUCAUGUUACACAUGGGGAAAAUCAUGAAAGCUAACUAUGCAGCCAGUACAUUCACUUUGGUUUGAACUACCAGUUACAACUUGAUCACUGUUGAAGUCUAAAUUGGUAUGGAAGCAGGAAGAGGGAAAAUAAGACCCUUAUUUUUCAAUAUCUAUAUUUGAUGUUCAUAGUAUUUAUUUAAUUCCUAAUAAAGGUAUUCGAUAAUUAAUGAUGAAUAAAUUGCAUUUAAUUAAUUUGAUUCAUAAAAACUGCAGUUUAUUGUCACCACAAAACGAUUAUACACUGCAAAAAGCACACAAAUAAUUGCUGCAUGCUAAUUUUGGUUUUAGCUUGAUGCAGACAAAUAGGGAAUUUUUGUGGUCUUUGAGUAGUGUUUUACAUUAAAAUUAUGAGAAGUAGAGAAUUCGGCAAAAAAGAUGAAAGAAUAGUAUUUUGGUAAAAUUAGUAAUGUUCAUUUUUAAAUUAAUAGAUCAGUUCCAAAUGCAGCAAAGAACUACGUAUGAGUAUCAUGAAGAUAAAAAGACUGGAAUGUAAUUAAUCAGCUUUAAGUGAAAGAAGUAGCAGUAUAUGUUCCAUCAAACAUUGAGAAUUACUUUAUGCGUGUCAAAGUAUCCCAUAAAAGUAUUUGGAAACGUCAUUUACAGUAAUAAUGAAUAAUGAUCUGAAAACAUAUAAAAAAUUAGUAGAUGAAAUGCUAAAUAGAAUUAACUUGAUUUUAAUGUUAAAUGAAUAUGAAAUUUUUCAUUAAAUGUUAACUGAUUAUAGUGUAGGCACCAAAAGUGUAAAUGUAUAUAUUAUUUCUGUACUAGUAAGCAUUCUUAAAAUGCAUAUUAUUUUUUCAAAAUAGCAAACUUUUACUACAAUAACCUUUAAAGUAUUACAUGCAAGUUUUUGAUCGAAAUACCAAUGAAAUCCUGUUGUUCUGAAGUAUUGAAAUCAUGUAUAUAUAAUGUUCUAAAAGAAUUUCAUUAAUGAAAAAAUUUAAACUUCAGCUGGUAUGGUAAAAAUUUUUUGUGCGACUGGUAUGUUUGUGUCACACAGACAUAUAAAUAAAAGUAUAUUAUGCAAACUCAUUUCCAAUACAUAAUCAGGUACUCAAGAAAUGAUUGAUAUUUUCAUUAUUAUAUGAAAUUUAUUUAGUACUUUUAUUGAAAAUGAUCAUGAAGGUACUGAGAAACACAUGUGUAAACUCACCAGAGUAAAUGAAGAGUUGGUAAGUAAAAUGCACAGCCACUUCAUACUAGACGAAAGUUAAAUAAAACAUAUUUAAAAAAAAAAAAAUUAUGAACAUUUUGAGUGAAUUGAGCUAAGGUUCUUUUUAGAUCAGUAAUUUCCUAUGUAGAUGGAAUUAAUAUGUGAUAAUUUCUCAUUGUUUGAAAGCAAGAUGAGUUGACUGUUUCUAGGGUUUCUUCCAAAAAUGUUAAAUAUGUGUAAUUUAAUUAGAAACUCAGCUGUUUAAAAGAAAUGUGUUAUCACUCAAGCUUCUGAAAGGUUAUUUAACUUUCUUAAAUUGAAAUUUCUGUAUUUUUCUUAUCAUUAAUGUGCAAGUACUUUGUAAUGAUAUUUAGAAAGCUAUUUUAAAUUGUUAUUGUGGAUCAUAUUUUGAAAUGAAUAAGAUUUAAAUCAUUUAAUACAAACAGGUUUUUGUCUGAAAAUAGUUUCUUUUGAUAAUAUGUAAUAUCAUUCCUAUUCAACCUGUGUUAAUAUUAGAAGUGAUUUAAAGAGAAUUAUUUUCUUCUGAAGAUCUUUAAUAGCAUUUAUAUUUUAAUUUGAUAAAUUGAAAUCUCUCAGCUAAUACCUGAUUUAGAUCUGCUUUUACUUUAAUCUCCUAAACACAACAUUAGGUUGUCUAUUUUACUUAAAAUAUACUUUUGCCUCAUUAGUGAAAUGCCUCUAAACUAUGAAUGAAAUUUUCGCCCUCUUUUACAAUACUAAUUAAUGCUUAUUUCUUGUUUUAAAUAUUUUCAUUUUUGCUGUCGCAUUAUAUUUAGUUUGAGAACAACUAUGCAGCAUUAAUUAUGCACGUCUAAAAUAGAAUUGUAGGAAUGAGUUUGUGAAAUUGCAGAAUAAAAUUUAUUUUACAAUGUUGAUUUAAUGUAUUUCACUGCAUAUUUGUAUUAUAAUGUAAUACUGAAAAUUCGAAAAAUUAAUUAUUUGCAGAUUAAUUUAAUAUUUUGUAAUGUAUAACUCUUUAGGCUGUCUGUAAGCUAUAUUCUAUUAAGUACUCUGUAAAAUUAAUAUUUCUUCUGUGUAUAUUGUGUAACAAAAUUUAAUAAUUUUUUAUGGACUACUUUGAGAGAAAACAGGUUAAAAAAUUGUAAGUGAUAUUUAAUAAUAUAAAUUAUUUGAGAUUUUAAAUGGGAUUUUCACAGGGUUGAUCCUAAAUUUCCUGAUUUCAGAAGUAGAAAUUUUGAGCAAAUAAUUUUAAUCUCGGAACUUAAAAUGACCUCAUUGUUAUAGACAACUAAAAAUAUCCAUCCAAAGAAGCAUGGGGUUCUCAAUGUAGAUGCCUUAAUUUUCUUUUGUAGUAGAGAAUGAUGUGUUUUCAAGAACUUAAAAUUGCUUACAGUAAAUAUAGUCUUUUAAGUAUCUGAAAAUAAUAGAUUUGUGACCAUGAGUCUAAUUUGUAACAGUAAAAUUUGUCUUAAUUACCUUCCUCUCAUAAUGAAAAUGUUACUUCUAAAUUUAUUCAUAUACAAAACAUACAUGAAGUUGGUUGUUUCUGGUUUCAGCAAAAUUAUUUCACAUAUUACUAAUGCACUGUGUUAUGGGUUAGGUGACCAAGUAAUUAUGGCUGACCAAAUUAAUUAUGUUAUCAACUUAGGAAGUGAUGCACUCUGUGAAGGCUUUUGAAAUAGAACAUCCCGAGACUUGCAGAAAACUUCAGACAAUCAACCUGUUCAACUGCUAGCAAUGUAGUGCGAGAUGAGCUGAGUAAAAAUGUAUUCUUAAUAAGUUUUUAAAUUCCGUUGACUCAUUAUUUUGUGAAAUUUAUGCUUGCAGCAAGUGUGAGAUUAUAUUAAAUUCCACAGUUUAGGAACUUUAUCACCAAACAGUAUUAAAGAACUGUAUUUUCUGUUACUGUAUGUGAAAAUGACCGAAUCUAAAAAGUAUUCAUGUAAAUUCUGUUAAGUAUUGAUAUUUUAUAUUUACUGUAAUAAACUCAUUUGUCUGAUAUAGUGUUUUUUAAAUGUGUAUUCAAUGUUGAACAAAUAUGAGCAUUUCUUUUUCUAUUCAUGUUUUAAAUGUCCUUUUUAAUGAGCUCAAUAAAGAUCUAUAUUUCUAAUUUAAA